AUGACACGAGUCUCCGUCUACAGCGCAGCCCUUGUGGCCUUUGUCGCCGCGACGGCGAUGAUUAUCGCAUCCAUCACGCUGCCCCACUGGGUCACCUACUCCGUCACGGCAACUGACGGCAACGAGUUCUCCAAACACAUCGGCCUGCAUCGCGCUUGUUCGAACUUGUACGACCCGCCAUGCCAGGAGUUUCCAACAGAACAGCUGUGCAGUAAUGGCGAGCGGUAUUUCUGCUCCAUGUGGCGCUCCGUUGGCUUCUUGGCCUCCUUCUCGACGAUUCUGCAUUUUGCAUCCAUCGUCACCUUCCUCGUCAUCAUGGGCGGCGGCAAAUAUAAACGCGAGACCGGUUGGAAGAUCCUCAGUGGACUCCUUAUACUCGUCGGUGCAGUCGAGUUUGUCUUGAUGGGCAUUGUGGCAUACCUAUAUGACAACGAUGAGCAGUUCCAGGUUCCGGGUUGGAACUUGGACACCUCUUGGGUUCUUUGCACCGUUAGCGCAUCCGUCUCCAUCAUUUGCGCCGUCGGCCUGGGCAUCUCCGCCUUCGUGCUCCCACCGGAGGAGGGAUACGAGUUCCUCAACGACCCCUUGCCGUAA